AUGGAUAUUGGAUUUUCAUCAUAUCACAAUGGUGGGCCUGCAAGGGAACAAGAUUUUGGUAGAUUGUCUCAAACUAUUGGAACAUCAAUUUUGAAGAUAUCUCAAAAUGUAUCUUCUAUGCAAAAGAUGGUCAAUCAGUUGGGUAGCUCCACCGAUUCUCAGGAGCUACGAAAUCAGCUGCAUCAAAUCCAACAUUACACACAACAGCUGGCAAAAGAUACUAGUGUACAUCUUCGAGAUUUAGCUAUAUUGGCUAAUAAUUCAGGAUCUACUAGUCCUGGUGAACAAAGACAACGUAAAAUGCAAAGAGAACGUUUACAAGAUGAAUUUACAAGUGCAUUAAAUUCUUUUCAAGCAGUGCAAAGGCUUGCAGCCUCCAAAGAGAAAGAAAUGGUUAGGAAAGCCAAAGCAAGUGCAGGUAUUACUCCAUUUGGGGAAAAGAAACAAGAAACAUUAAUAGAGUUACAAGAUAGUAGAACUCAAAAGCAAAUACAACAACAGCAGUUAAAAGAAGAACAAAACUUACGAAUGUUGGAAGAGCAGGAAGCUAGUAUAAGACAAUUGGAGAGUAAUAUUAAUGAUAUCAAUCAAAUUUUCAAAGAUCUUGGUGCUUUAGUAUAUAGUCAAGGAGAAGUCAUUGAUUCCAUAGAGGCUUCUGUUGAAAGGACAGAAGUAUCUGUCAGUGAAGCUACUUCACAUGUAAGACAAGCAAGUAUAUAUAAAAAUAAACUACGCAAGAAAAAAUGCAUACUCCUUCUUAUUGGAGCAGUUAUACUGUCUAUAUUAAUUGCAAUCAUAGUUUGGCAAAGCUCUUAAAAUGCUUUAUGACAUAAAUGAGACCAUAAGGACAUAACAACAUCUUAAUUGCAAGGUACCAUACUUGAUGUAUUUUCUGAAAAAGCUCCUAAUUUAAUGAAAGUUGCUUUAUGAAUACAUGAGAGGUGUAGUACUAUCAAUGGAAAUGAACGUAAUGGAAAAAACUUGCAUCGUACUGUAUCUUAUAACAUUCUUAUAAUUGUGAUAAUAAAUGGUGCAAGAUCUAUUUUACAAAUAACAUGUGCAAUGGCAAGUCUAAGACUGCCCAGUCCAUUUGUACGUUUCAUUACUCAUUAUGUAAUAUUAGUACAUAAAUACACCUAUAAAAAGUAUAUAAAUAUAUACAUAUACAUAGAUCUAUUCAUAGCAUAGUCGUGAUUAAUAUCUCACAUAAUUUUAUGAAAUAUGUUAAAAGAAUAAGAGAUUCAUUCUAAACGAUGCCAGUGUGCAUUUUAAAAAGUGAAUCUUGCAUGAAUUGUAUGGAUCAAUGUAGAGUGAAUGCAUCAAUAUAAUCAUUGUAUAGUAUGUAAGUUUCGGACGUCCGAUAAAAAUUAUUCUUAUCU